AUGCACAAGACCUCAACCCACUACACCACGCCGCCAGUUGCUAGCCGAAGGCUCCGAGCGCGGCCAUAUCUGCGCUGGAAAACUUUCGACGAGCUUUUCCUCAGCCGCCUAUGGGGUUUAGCAGAAUUUUAUUUUUGAUUCCGAGUACUCUCACCUAGGCCUAUCCACCCACAAAGUCUCAAUUCUCAACUCGUUGUCGAGCGGAGACCAUGCCCUAGUCAGGCGAGAGCAGAAAUCAAGACCGACCACUAAGGAGUUAGAAGCUAGAUAAUAAUAAUACCAGUAACGAAGAUAUCAAUUUUUGUUCUUCAUAGUUUUUAAAAAUCACUUCAAAUAACUCCACUAUAUAAAAACUGUUUACUUGAAUAUUUCAUUUUUCUCUUUUUCGUUUAGUAUCGUUUUUCUUCUUUUUUUGUAAUCUUAUAUUUUAGUCGGUUAAAAAUAUUUCCUUAUUUUCGCGAUAUCGCAUAGUCUUAAUAAGUAUAUACUUAUACUUAUUAAGACAUUUUUUUUUGUACGAUAGUCGAGCCCAGAAUAGAAAAAACGUCUGAUUUUAGUUUUAGUUCAAACAGAGCAAAAUUUAUCUACUCUUCAUAUCAUUUUUAAAAUUUAUUUUAAUAUCUUAACAAAAAUGCUCAUUAUAUAUUCUCACUCGUAACGAUUUCCGAUCUGUCUGCGAUUCCUUGUUUACGUAUUAUUCGUUUCCAUGACCGCUUCAGUGAGAGAAAAGAGGGCGCAGGUCGGCAAGACUAUUUCAACUCGAGGUGUUUGUUGAAUAAGCAAGAUAAUCUCGUUUGUCGGUUUCAUGUUGUCUUUUCCAAUUUUUUGUUCUGGCGUUCUUUUUUUUUCUCGCUCUUGAAAUCAACAAGUUUUUGCGAAUCGGAGAUCGCAAUCGGCUUGAUGAAUGGCAGGACUGGCGAUCUGCCAAAAACGCCUUCUCAAUUGGGUUAUCGAGACACGAUUUCAAUCUGUUCAGUAUGAGGUGGAACAUUUUACCUCAAACCAUCCAUCAUUCGUCCGCUUCAAGGCCAAUUAAGGUGCAUCACUUCCGAAGUAUUUCAUCUUUUUGUUGGCUUCGAUUCCCACACCUCAAACACGCAUCAAUUUGGAGAGAUGAGACGAACCGAUACGGCCAGAUCGUGAUUGAAACUGCAGCGGACGAACCUCUAGCCUUUUCGACCAGAAAAAAAGGAAGAGGGAACAAAGAAUAGUUCCAGAAAGCUCGAAUUCGUUACAAAUAUCAAUGCGUUCGCAGGAGGCUUCAACUUUUUAUUUCAGUUUUCGAUUAUAUUACGCUUCACUAGUUGGACGGGGAAAAACUUUCCAGCUGUAUAUAAACUUAUUUGGAAAAGAAAAACUCGUAAAAAAUUAUCAACAGGGCCGUUUUAAAGGCACUUUUUGGGUUCUACGCUGCUUAUGCGCUUUUAAACGCUGAGCAAACUGUUUUAAAAAAAAAACUAUUUGAAAAUUUGCUUUUUGAACUAUUAAAUUUUUCACAAUAUCAAAAGUUUUCAGAAAAUAUGUUCCUGAAUUUGCUCAAAAAUUGGUUUGGUGGUUCGCCUCGAAGCUAUCCUACUUUUUCGACGAGGACUAUCGUCUUGAACUCGAAGGUACAUAUGAUUUCAGUUGAUCAUGCAAGAAGUAAAAUUUUUAGUUUACUUAUUAUCUAGUUUUUCUAUUCUCAAACUGUUUUUGGACCAACUAUUUUGGGACAAACACUUUUUUAAGGGUUUGCAAAAACGAGCGGGUUGCCUUUGGGGGAAAUCGUCGGUCUCAACAUUCUCUACGAUAUUUCGGCUUUUGAUCGUCAACAGUAAAAAAAAAUCGUUAUUUCUUUUUCUCCAAAAAAUUUCCAGUAUAUUGAGCCUUGGCUGUACUUCAAUCGUGGCUGAAAACUCCAAAGGCGAGAUUUUUCACGGCCGAAAUCUCGAUUACGAAAUGGGAGGUCUUCUCAAAAACAUUACUGUUUAUGUUGACUUUACGAAGGGCGGAAAGGUGAUUUGUAAAGUUCUCGUAAAGAGAAAAGUAAAACUAAUGACCUUAUCUUAGAUGUAUCAAAUCGUUUUCUUGAACAUUUCAGUAAUUGAUUUUCGAGAAUGAAUUUGACUGAAACAAUUCAUUUUUAACGUGAAUUUCUGCAGAUUUUGUAUUCGGGUGUGACUUUUGCUUUGUACAACGGACUUUUGACAGGACAACGCCCAGGAGCAUUCACAGUCAGCCUCAAUGCGAGAUGUUAGUUCAUCAGAUGCGUUUUUGACUCAUUAAAAAACUUGACUCUUAAAGAUGCAUAUUCAAUUUUGUAUUCAAUAGUUUUGAAAUUUGUUAAAUAAAUUUUGGAAGAUGCAUUUAUUUUGGUUUAACUCACGGCCAAGAAAUUAAGUCAGCCUAAAAAAAAUUUUUUUUUUUUUGAGAUUCUGGGGCUUAUGUCUACAACAUUUUGAUGGAGCUCUACACGAGGUUUCGCCGUCCUGUCAGCUAUUUCAUAAGAGAGGUUCGACACACGAGUUGGAGGAAACUAAUGAGAAAUAUUUUUCCCCCAUUGCUAGCCCAAAUGUUCAUCUAACGAGGGAAGCAUCUGAGAUGAACAUUGCAGGUCUGGUCCGAACUUCUGAUAUAGUUAGUACGAGGUAUGAGUACUCUAAUAUUCGAAGAAUUAUCUGCUAAGCGCCAUAGGGUACUGAGAAAUAGCCUAUCGAACAAGUACGGAAGAAGCUCGAAAAUGAUUUCAGAUUUUCCUACACAUUUUUGACGGGCUAUUUAUUUUUCAUUAUUUGGCGCUUAGCAAAUAAUUUUGUUUUAUAUUCGAAUACUCAUUCCUAUGAUACCUUUUACCGGGGUUGGCCCAGAUCUAUCAUGUUCACCUCACACACUUCCCUCGUAAGUUACCUCUCUGUAAUUUCUAAAAAAAAAAAUAGCAUUAGCAGAAAUCCUGUUGGAUUAUUCAUUAAGGAAAAAAACAGAGAUUUCUAGUGCAAAAAUAGAGAAAAAAAUUGCAACCUGAACAAAGAAAAAUUAAAAAAAAAGAAAGUGGAAUUGUUUUUCUUUUUUUUUGCCUUCAACUUUCAGAAAAAUUUCGUCUUAAUUCAUCAACCGUUCGCCAUUGACAUAUCAAAAUUCCAAGGAUCUAGUUAUAGACAGAUUCACAUUCGAAAGCAAACACAGUUUUUGGUUGCAAGGACCUUUGAUUCAAGGUGCUGCACAACAAGAGAACCUAUGACGAAGCUCUGCAAGCCUUUUCCACAGAACACCUCAUUUCCCCUUCCUACAUCGUCAUCGGAGGGACCAAAAGUGGUCAGGGAGCUGUUGUUUCCAGGUUCAGAUGCCAUAUUUUUUCGAUUGGAUAACUUUCCAGGAGGAAUCAAUAAAGUUCAUUCAAAUUAGAAAAAAAAUCCAUAGGUCUAUAUACCACAUAGACACGGAAAAAAAAAUGUUUGGUUUCAAGUUUAGGUGACGCCUGCCGUUAUCUAAAAUUUUAUUUUUUUAUUAUUUCUUAAAAUUUUUUUCUCUUGAAAUUUUAACUUUGAAUCUAAUAUGAUCAUAUAACCAAAGUUUUUCGAAAUCGGAUAGAUGUAUGUAUUGAAAGAGUUUCUGUAUAUUCACAAUAACUAAAUAUUUAACUGGGCAGUAUUUCAUUGAACUCAAACGAAACAACUGACGGAUAAAGUUUAGUCUGGGAGGUAUUGAAGAAUUUCGAAACAAUCUAUAAUCUGUGCGAAUGUGCUCCAAAGUUUGCGAGCUCACCUUCCAUUUUUUUUUGCUUUUUUUCAUCCUUAUCUCUGUAUCAACCCAGCGAUAGGAGAACCUUCGACCACGCCCCCGCGUGGGCGAAGGUUCCUCAGUUGGUGGGUAGCUGGUUCCGCGUGUCCCCUCUAUCUCUCCUCAACUCCUGCCUGCCUGUAUUUCCCUGUGUCAAGCAGCUGACAUCCCAAACAGGAAGGUCCAAUACGCCAACCUUUAGAAUUGUAUCUGGAGGGAGUCUCUAGACUCUAAAGGCGGGAAUUUGGAAUAUCUCUCUCGUUUCCAAGAAAAUUAUUGCCAUGCACAAUUUUUAUCUUCUUGUUAUGAACAGUUUUGAUUCUGGUUUUUUUUGCUGUUUGAAUUUCGAGUUCCAACGUUCUGAGCCUUUUUUUUUUUGAAGAAACCGAUGGAAAGCGAAGGACGUCUACACUUUGAACUGGGAAAAAAAGCGUUGGUUCCUCGUGGAGACCAAUUUCGACCACUGGAACGAGGAUCAUGACGAGCGAAGGUUGACUGAAGCAACCAUUUUCAUUAAAAGUUCCCAAGUUAUUCAGACUGAAAGCCAUAGAAGAGCUGAAGAACGUAGGGCCGGUUUAUCUGAACGGCCAGAGCAUGAUGAAAGUGAUUUCUUCGCAUCCGGUCAACAACAACAUGACCAUCUUCUCCAGCAGCUUUUCUGCCAAAUAUCCAAACCUCAUGUUUGAGAAUCUCAUUAUAAGAAAUUGAAGAUUCAUUCUUAAAAGUUUCUAAAUAAAUUGCGAUUGAAGUCAUAGGCGAAUCGAGAAAAGGUAUCGCGAGACCCUCUGAGGUAUAUCGCAGGGUCUGAAGUCUUCCGAAGGUACCUCGAGUAUACCUCUGAGGAUUUUGAGCAAAAUGAGAGGGGCUUGAGAGAGAUUCUAAAGUGCCUCCGAGAUGGCUCAGAUAUAGCUAAAAGGUAUGCUGGAGGUCUCACGAUGGACAUAUUAUGGGGUCUUCACGAUCCGUUUCGAGAGUUACCUUUGUGGAAACAUUAUGGUACUUUCUCGAUUUGCCUGUGCAAAUUUUAUAGCAACUUUGUCUUUUCUUAAAUGUAUGAGUUAUUUUCAAAGUUUUCAUUUUCUUUUUUUUUCAGAAGUCAACAUUUUUUCCUAAAUGCUUCAACAAAUUUGCUGAACAAUUUUGAAAUCGCAUGUCUAAGUUAUGAGUCACUAGGAUUUUUUUUUUGAUCGCCUGUUUGUUUAAAGUUCACGGUGUUUUUUUUAUUACGCUAGGUCAAGACUUUUCGUAAAUAAUGAUGCUUAGAGUGUAAGCACACCGAGACGCCCUAUCGCAUACUCAAAAAUACUUUUUUUCAAUUUUUAGAAUUUGCGAUUUCAGGAUAAUAGCUCCUGAAAUGUUCGAAAUUUGUCAUUUUGAAGAAUAUGAUGUGAAAAAACAUUCACUUACGUUAAAAAAACAUUUAGGAACGAUUUCGAAAAGGGAAAACUCUAAAUUACUGAUUACAAAAUAAAAACAAAAAAUAUUAUGAAAAUGAAUCAGCUCCCAUUGAAUAAGCAUUUAUAAAUACGAAAAAAAUAUUGAAAUGAGGAAAAAUUCGAGGAGCAAAUGAAAAACAUUUUAUAUACCUCGAAAACCUAGUUUCAGAAAAAAACAUAUAAUGGAUAGAAAGCAGAAAUUUUUAGAAAGAAAAAACCUCGUAUGGCGAAAUUUUUUUGUUUAAAUCCGAAAAAAACCAUCAAAAAAACUAGAAAAAAAUAUAUAAUUUAGAUGAUGCAUAUAUCAAAAAUCAUUAAACUGCAUCAGCAAAUUCAAUUUGGCUCUAAUUUACGCGAAACCGGUUUUUAAACUACGUCAAAGGAACUAGAUAAUAACUUUUUUUAUUAUUAACUGAUUAAAUUAAAAAAACUAUAGUUUCCGAAAUAGAGCGAUUAUUUUCAUGUCGCGAAACAGAUUUCAAAAAUUUUUGAAAAAAAUUAGGACUUUUAGAAAAAAAUCUUCAGCUCUUUUUGAGAAAAAAAGUUAAAGAUCUGAAACCGGUUUAGAAAAAAAUGCGCAAUUUAAAAGCUCCACAAGAUGUACCCAUAGAGAGGCGGAUCACAUAAAUGCAAGAAAUAGAAAAAAGUAAAAAACCAAUGAAAAAAGUGAAGAAAUUCAAUUUUUGCAUCAGAAACGAUGAGAAGGGCGCAAUAAUGCGCCACGGAUAAUAUGCCGCUGGGACCCAAAAUUUCGCAUUUUUUUUCAUUGCGCGGAACACCGUGAGUUGAGGACAAAAAAUAUAUGACACCUAUUCUAUCGAUCAGCGAAAGAAAUUUUUGUUUACUUUUCAAGCUAUGAGAGUUUUCUGGACUUUAUCGUUUUGUUUGCGUUCCGCUAUGAAUUUUGUGGCUGGUAAAUUUUUUUUUGUUGAAAAAAAAAUGUGAUCUAUGGCUAGGGUCCGCAAGCCAUUUCUUCAAAACGAUCCAAAAAAUAUGUUUUUUACCCUGUUCGAUAGAGGAGACUGUCCAUUUUCAUAAUCCGUUUAGUUUUAGAAAAAGCUCCACUAAGAAAAAAGUUAUGGCCAAAAAACUAGCGCGCGCGGCGUUCAACUGGAGGCAAAAAUCUCACGGUUUACCCGCUGCCGCACGCUUUCUUUUUAAAUGUUUUUUUGCGCGUUUCUGGACCGUUUUUUUAAAUCGGUUUUUCUGUUCUGAGAGGUUGUCCGAACUGAGCUUCAUGUUUUUGGUAUGAAUCUUUUGUACAAUCCUCAUAAGAAUUUUUGAUAAAAUAUCAAAAAACUACUUAGAAAAAAGGUCAGAAGGAAUUUUCAGCUUAUUUUUCUUUUUUCUAAUGAGAAAAGUUAUUAUCAUUUGGUUUGAAAAAAAGAAAAAAUGAAAAGUAAUGUUAUUUCGAAAUAAAACAGGAAAAUGUGCAAUUUGACUCCAAAAAACGGCUCCUGCAACAUUUAAAAGUGCGCAUCGGUGUGUUUGACGCAAACACAGCUACGAACGCUUGCACGAAUUCUUCCAAAAUUUCAAAAAAAAUUGCCAUUUUUUCGAGGUUUUCAAAGCCGUUAUUUUUUUCGCGUCGUUUGAUUUUUUUAAAUUUUUUUACUCAAAAAAAUAAAGAAAGUGUUAAUGUAUAACAUACUCAAAAUUCGGAAGCGUUCCUCACUUGGUUUUCAGAAACGCGACGAUUUUGUGAAACUUGUCAGUUUUUUUCGUGUUAAAUCUUACUUUUUCGUUUAUUUUUGGAAAUUACAUAGUUUAAAAAUUUUUCAGUCUUGUAGAGCGUUGUCGAUUACAUAGAUCAACAGAAACAGUUCAUUUUUAAAGUGGGGCUUUAGCUAGUAUAAACGCCUCAAAACCGUUUCUGCAACAAAAAAAUCGUCAUUUUGGUGGCGUGAAGGGGCGGGGCUUUGCGCCCCCUAUCUAUGGCCACCACCCCGCUAAAAAAAAAAAGAGAGAAUUAGAAUUUUUUCUGAAAUAAGAUGAAAUUUUGAAAGUAUGCUUUAAGAGUUUGAAAAAGGGGAGGAUAUCAAAGAAGAAGAAGAAGGGGAAUCGGGAAAAACGUGUUGCGCUAUAUAUAAGCUAUUAAGAUAGCUGCAGUUUCUAUUUGAGUUUGAAACAUCUACCAAAUAAAAUUUUACAGAUUUGAGAUUCGCUUUUUUCGCUCGCUUCCUCCCCUGAAAUCGCACUGAAUUGACUCGAAAUUUUGAAAAGCCCUCUUUCGAGGUCAAUGCACAAAAAUUGACACCGUGUUCGGUUUUACCUCUAAAAAUGCGAGAAAAAACACCGAAAAUUUUAAGACCGCAUCCCAGAUAGGGUUUGCUCGGAGCAUAAUUCCUGCCGAGCACGCAUGUUUUAGUCUGUUCAGACUUUGAAUGUCAAUUCGUCGCUCAAGCUCUGCCCCUAAUGGUGCGAUAAACCAAUCAGAGAGCGAGCCAUCCACAGAGUGUUUUUCAAUGACGUCAUUGCACUUGAAAUUAAAUUGGAACAUGCGUGGCGCGUAUUGUAAAAGCCAUGAUCUGAAAAAUUUUUUUAAUUAUUCCUUUUGGUUUUGUUUUUGAAUGAGGGAAUAAGGAUCUUUGACCACUAGCGUAGUUCAAAAGUGUCCUUGGUUUUUUUUUUCAAACUCCAGCGUGGAGAAAGACCCAUUACGCAUCGAUGUCAAUGCUGUCGGUUGAACUAGAGGCCGCGGGGCCUUUGCAAAGGCGAAAAACGUUGAACGAAAUUCGCUCUAGCUAGAACGUCAAAAAACACGAGAGAUGAGUGGAAACGAAUGGAGAACGGCGGAGAGCCGAUGCCGCAAAGACGACGUCAAAUUUAAAUGUUUUCGUCCUCCACGGAAAAGGCGCUCUCUCACACUUGUUUACUGUUUGCUGACUGAAAAAAGGACCGCUAUUGUUUGCGCCGCCCGUCGCGACUCCGCCCACAAAGGUCCACGUUCUCCGUGUUUUUGAAAAAGUUUUCAGUCUUCCAUACGCAACACGACAACACCAACACUCGUCCACUCUACUCAUCAUGGUUUGUUUAUUUAUUUUUGCUCUCGUCGAUAACUUCCUUCAAAAAAAAAAAAUGCUCGAGGCUAUAUAUUUUUUUCUAUUACUUCUUAAAAGAAUAGGUGACUGACAAUCUCCAAAUCAUUAGAAAUAAUAGCCAAAUGAAUGUCUGAGAAUAUAUUCUCAGACAGUUAUAACUUGGUAAAAACAUAACUUUCUGAAACAAAAAUGUGAGCCAUCAAAAGUUAUUUUCAUAGAUUUUCAAAAAAGGAGAUUAACCUUCUGAAAUUAUUUUUUUUUCGAAAAUCUUCAGCCCUUGAAAGAAAAUAAGUUUGAAAUGCUUAUAUUUAAAAAAACAGCUCGAUAAUUUUUUUGAAACUAGUAUGUGCUCUUCUGAAUACUUGAACACUGAUAACUAGCUAACUAGUUAGCAGUUAUAAGUUUUGAUAUAUGUUGAUUAUACACUUCUUUAAAACACUGACUCAAAAAAAUUUCUCCAUACCAUUUUUUAAACGAUGAAUCAUGUUGAUCCAAGCGAAUUUUUCGCGAACAAGCGCGAAAAUUUUCUGAAAAUAGACGCUAUUUUGUCAACUUUUGAUUUGAUCAGGGAUUUUCUUUUUCACAAAAAAGGAAGUUUCGAGCAACAGAUGAAAUUUUUUGAACAUGCAAAUCGAGAAAGGGUAUCGUGAUCUAAGGUAGAUCUAAGGUAUAUCGCCAUAGGCGAAUCGAGAGGGUACCAUACUGUUUCCACAAAAGGUAACUCUCGAAACGGAUCGUGAAGACGCCAUAAUAUGUCCAUCGUGAGACCUCCAGCAUACCUUUUAGCUAUAUCUGAGCCAUCUCGGAGGCACUUUAGAGUCUCUCUCAAGUCCCUCUCAUUUUGCUCAGAAACCUCAGAGGUAUACUCGAGGUACCUUCGGGAGACUUCAGAGCUUGCGAUAUACCUCAGAGGGUCUCGCGACACCCUUUUUCGACUCGCCCAUGGCAGCCAAAAAAAAAACGAUAAUUGGUUGAUUGCUAUGUUUCCAGCAUCACGGAGACGUUCCGCUUCCCGUGCCAUACAAUUCUCGGUUGGGCCAACCUUUGCAGGCCGGCCAGACUCUCAACAUUCAUGGACGCAUCAACGAGGGAGCCCAAGUGUCAGUUUUUUGUGGAGAAAAAAAGUUGUCGAUAUGUGAAAUGAAUUGGUGAUUAUUUUGGUGAGAAUAAUUUUGCUUCCAGUGCUGAAUUGAACCUUCUUCAUGGUGCCAAUGAAAUCGGUCCACUUUCGCAGGUCAUUCUGCAUCUCAAGCUCAACUUCCACGACAAAAAAUUUAUCAUGAACACUUUCACGGCGAGUGUUUCUUUUCAUGAUAAAAACAUAUGAAUAAACGUAAUUCGUUUUUUUUAAUCUAAUUUUUUACAGGAUGGCGCAUGGGGCAAGGAAGAGCGCGAGUCGAUGCCUUUCAAGGCAGGACACGAGUUCGAUCUUCGCAUUCGGUAAGAAGAUCAAGAAAGGAGCUUCUCAUUCUGAUUUCUUUGCUUUUUCUGAUCUGUUUAUAAACAAACUUUUUUAGUGUUCUGGAAGAAUCUUUGGAAGUUUCGGCUGACGGCAAGAAAAUCCACGAGUUCAAGCAUCGUCUUCCAUACAAUUCCAUCGAGUUUUUGCAGUUCAAAGGAGACGCCACCUUGACCGGUGUUCAUUGGGGCGGAAGGUAAAGUCCUUCUUCAUACUUUGAUUGAAACUAUCCCAGGUUCUACCAAAUCCCUUGGGAAACUGCCUUUCCUCAUGGUUCUCUCGGAAGCGGUCAGUAAGAAGUGUUUUGGAAAUUAGAUAAAAAAUAAAUUCAGGACAGCGAAUUCACCUCUACGGUGUCCCAAAAGGCGACCGCUGGAACUUUGAUUUGCUGGCUCGCAACGGCGACAUACUCUUCCAUUUGAACCCUCGCUUCAAGGAAAAGACUGUAUGACUCCUGUAUUGUGAGGAUUUCACUCUAGUCUUAUAGAUUGUUCGAAAUGCUCACAAGAACGGUUUCUGGGAGAAAGAAGAGCGUGAGGGAGACUUUCCCCUUGAGAAAGAGCGUGGCUUCGACAUGACCAUUGUCAACGAGCCUUACUCCAUUCAGGUUAUCUUCGUACGAUUCUGUCUGAUAAUGAAGAAGUAUUCAGAUCUUCAUCAACAAUCAGAGGUUCGGAACCUUUGAGCACCGUACUCCCAACCCAGAGAGCGACUACAUCGGCAUGCGCAUCGACGGCGACAUUGAAAUGACCGGGAUCGAGUUCUCUCACUGA